UUGGUUGGUCCUGUAUCAAGGGUACUACACGAGUACAACUGACCUUCUUUGACUAACCCUGUAUCAAGGGUAAUAAACGAGUACGACCGGCCUUCUUUGGCUAGUCCUAUAUCAAGGUUACUACACAAAUACAACUAAUCUUCUUUGGCCAGCCUUGUAUUAAAGGUACUAAACGAGUACGACUGACCUUCUUUAGUUCGCCCCGUCCCUUUGCAACGAGGGUAACUCAUACGUACCUUUUCCUUCCGUUUGGCCUCUCUAUAAAACCCUAACUACCGUCAUGAUCUUAUCAUCUCUCUCUCUCUUUCUCUCUCUAAAAUGGAUAGAAAAGCAUGCAACUCAGCCGAAGGUGUGGUGGAGGUUAGGAAAGGGCCAUGGACUAUGGAAGAAGACUUGAUUCUCAUCAACUACAUAGCCAAUCAUGGUGAAGGUGUUUGGAACUCUCUUGCUCUAUCAGCUGGUCUAAAACGUAACGGGAAGAGCUGUCGACUCCGGUGGCUGAACUACCUCCAUCCCAAUGUUCGACGAGGCAACAUCACCUCAGAUGAACAACUACUGAUCAUAGAACUACAUGCCAAAUGGGGAAACAAGUGGUCGAAAAUAGCAAAGCAUCUCCCGGGAAGGACGGAUAAUGAGAUAAAGAACUACUGGAGGACGAGAAUCCAAAAGCACGUAAAGCAAGGGUAUCAUCGCUUCAACGCUCGACAAACGAGCUCAAAAGCAACGUCUCGGGAUCGUAAUCAAGUGAAUGAAGAAGCUCCAAGUUCUUACACAAUGGAUCCAAUAAUGGAAACCUAUUCUCCUCCAAAUUACACUCAAAAUCUUGAUGCCUUCUCAUUGCCUUUGCUCCCAAUUGAUCAUUCCAAUCAAAAUUAUUGGAGCAUGGAGGAUCUAUGGUCUAUGCAACUUCUCAACCAAUAAAAAUUAAUU